AGCCAUGUUUGAAGUUAAUAUGAAAGAACGAGAUGAUGGCAAUGUUACUAUUAGUAAUCUAUCACCCAAGGCAGUGAAAGCUUUUCUUGAUUACGCUUACACAGGAAAAACAGAGAUAACAAAUGAUAAUGUGGAAAUGCUCUUCCAACUGUCGUCAUUUCUUCAAGUUUCACUCCUUUCCAAAGCUUGCAGUGACUUUCUAAUAAAAAGUAUUGAUCUUGUGAAUUGCUUACAGUUGCUUUCUCUAUCAGAAAGUUAUGGUUCCAUCCGCUUAUUUGAUCAUGCGCUAGAUUUUGUACAGCACCACUUUUCCGUGCUGCUCAGAUCAAGUGAUUUUUUGGAGAUGAAUUUUGAGAUAUUACAAAAAUGUCUCGAGGCUGACGAACUAAAUGUCCCUGAGGAAGAAUCAGUGUUGAAAGCUGUCCUUCAGUGGACCAAACACAACUUAGAAACACGACAGAAACAUCUGCCUAAUUUGAUUAAAAAAGUGAGACUACACCAGUUACCUGAAAAGACUUUGCAGGACUUUCUACAUUCUGAAGAACACUUACUUAAGAGUGCUAAUUGCUCAGUAAUAAUCAAUGAUGCAGUUAAAAGUGUGCAAAACUUUAGUGGACUGUUUCCAGAUGCACGUCCUUCAACGACAGAAAAAUAUAUAUUUGUUCAUAAAACUGAUGAAGAUGGAGAAAACAGACAUACAUUCUGCUACAACAUCAAAACAGAUAAAUGGAAGGAACUACCACAUACACACAUGAUUGAUCUUCCAGGGUCAAGUUUAUCUAGCUAUGGAGAAAAAAUAUUUAUAACUGGAGGAUGCAAGGGGAAUUGCUAUAGGACUGUCAGGCUUCAUAUUGCUGAACCAUUUCAUGAUGCCACUGACCAAACCUGGUGCUACUGUCCAGUCAGCAAUGAAUUCUCCAUAGUGUCAGCUAUGAAAAAGCCAAGGACAAUGCACACCUCUGUUGUAACCUUAAACCAGCUGUUCGUAAUAGGUGGAAAGACCAGAGGAGCUCAAGAAACCCGAAGUCUUUUGGAUGUAGAAUCCUAUAAUCCUCUUUCCAAAGACUGGAAAUCUGUAAGCCAAUUACCAAGAGGUAUCUACUAUCCAGAAGCAAGUGCAUGUCAGAAUAUAAUUUAUGUCCUUGGCUCAGAAGUAGAGAUUACUGAUGCCUUUAAUCCAUCUCUUGACUGUUUCUUUAAGUAUAAUGCUAUGACUGAUCAGUGGUCUGAGCUUGUAGCAGAAUUUGGGCAAUUUUUCCAUGCAACUCUAAUCAAAGCUGUUCCAGUGAACUGUACAUUGUACAUAUGUGAUCUCUCCACCUACAAGGUCUACAGCUUUUGCCCGGAAACCUGUGUUUGGAAAGGGGAAGGAUCUUUUGAAUGCGCUGGCUUUAAUGCAGGGGCAGUUGGAACAGAAGACAAAAUUUAUAUAUUAGGUGGUGAUUAUGCUCCAGAAGAAAUCACAGAUGAAGUUCAAGUCUACCAUAGUAGUAGGUCUGAGUGGGAAGAAGUUUCACCAAUGCCAAGAGCCUUAACUGAGUUUUACUGUCAGGUUAUUCAGUUUAAUAAAUAUAGGGACCCCUGGUCAUCUGUACUGACAAUUUGCUCUGGAGAAUUUUGAAACUCCUGAGUCAAAAGAAUCUAUUUAAAUGCACAACUUUUAGAACAGAUUUUUAGGUAUUAAUUUACAGAUGGAAAAAUACGUACUGUUUUGUUUAAAUCUUCAGUUUAAAUUGUAUGCUAUAGAAUUGCUUUGGAAGAGUCCAUUAAAUUGUCAUUCAUGGUAGUCAUUAUAUAGAAAGUAUUACUUAAUUUUAUAUGCAAGUCUUCUCUGUAAUUAUUUGCAAAAUGAUAUUAC